AUGGAGGCUAAGGCACUGUGCCUCGCCUCUUCGUCUUCAUACGGACUGCGGAGCACUGUCCCCACUCCCCAUUUCCUCUUCCCUCCGUCCAUCCCCAUUUCCUCUUUUCCCAGUGACUCCACAUUUCCCCUUCCCUCCACAUUUCUGCAUCCCUCUGACACCCCCCAUAUCCCCAUCCCCCUGUCCUUCCCAAUCACCGCUGUGUUUCCCCUUCCCUUAAUCCCGCCCCAUUUCCCCGUUUCUCAUUCACUCCCCAAUUCCCAAUCCCUCUUACCCUCCCCCAUUCACUUCCGUGCGUCACUCCCCAUUUCCCCAUGCUUCCGUCCCUCCCCGUUUCCCUUUUCCAAGACACCCCUCAAAUCUCUUUCCUCCGUCCCUCCCCAUAUUGCCCUCCCUCCGUCCCUCCCCAUUUUCCCUUCCUACCUUCCUCACCCUUGUGCACCAUACACACCGCUGUCCCUCCCCAUUUUGCCUUCCCUCUGUCCAUCCCCACUUCCCCUUCCCUCUGUCACUCCCAUUUCCCCUCCCCUAUAUCCCUCCACGUUACCCCUUCUCUCUGUCACUCCCUGUUUCCCUUCCCAUACACUCCAUGUUACCCCUUCCCUCUGUCCCUCCCCUCUUCCCCUCCCUCUGUCCUUCCCCAAUUCCCCUUCCCUCUGUCCCUCCCAUUUCCCCGUCCCUCUGCCUCUCCCCAUUUCCCCGUCCCUCUGUCCCUGCCCAUUUCCUCUUCCCUCUGUCCCUUCCAUUUCCCCUUCCUUCCGUCAAUCCCAUUUCUCCGCCCCUCUGUCCCUCCACAUUUCCCCUCUCAUCUGUCCCUCCCAUUGCCACUUCCCUCUGUCACUCCCAUUACCCCUUCCCUCUGUCCCUCCCCAUUUCCCAUCCCCCCUUUCCCUCGACCCGCCACUUCCCUCUGUCCGUCCCAAUCUGUCCUUCCUCCUUUCCCCUUCCCCUUGUCCCUCCCCAUAUCCCUUCUCUCUGUCACUCCCCAUUUCCCUCUCCUUUCACUCCACGUUACCCCUUCCCUCUGUCCCUCGCCAUUUCCCAUUCCCUCUGCCCCUCGCCAUUUCCCCUUCCCUCUGUCCCUCCCCAUGCCCCUUUCCACUAUCUCUCCCAUUUCCCCUUCCCUCUCCUCCCACUUUCCCCUUCCCUCUGUCCCUCUUAUUGCCCCUUCCCACUGCCCUCCCAAUUCCCCCUUCUCUGUCCCUCCCCAUUUUCCCUCCCUCUGUUCUGAACCCAAUUCCCCUUCCCUCUGGCCUUCCUCAUUUCCCCUUCGCUCUGUCCUUCCUCAUUUCCCCUCCCCUCUGUCCCUCCCCUCCUGCCUUCUCUCUGUCACUCCUCAUUUCCCUUUCCACAACACUCCAUCCAUCCCUUCCCUCUGUCCCUCCCCAUUUCCCCUACCCUAAGUCCCUCCCCAAUUUCCCUUCCCUCCCAGGCAUCCCCAUGCCCUUCCCACUAUCCCUCUCAUUUACCCUUCCCUCUCCUUCCACAAUUCCCCUUCCCUCUGUCCCUCGCAUUGCCCCUUCCCAUUGUCCUUCCCAAUUCCCCUUUCCUCAAUCCCUCCCCAUUUCCCCCUCCCUCUUUCCUACCACGAUUCCCCUUCCCUCUGUCCCUCCCAUUGCCACUUCCCUCUGUCCCUCCCAAUUCUCUUCCCCUCCCCAUUUUGCCUUCCCACCGUCCCUCCCCAUUUUGCCUUCCCACCGUCCCUCCCCAUUUUGCCUUCCCUCUGUCCCUCCCCAAUUUGCCAAACCCUUUGUCCCUUCCCAAUUUGCUUUCCCUCUGUCCCCAUUUCCAGUCACGCCUGCGGCGUCCCCGCUGACUUGGCCAUCAAGCUACCUGACGGGCCUGAUUCUGACGACGCCUCUCGUGUGUACUAGUGUGAGUGUCCACGACUACUGGUGUAGUGUGCCUGGUAUUCACCUAUGCACCCCCACUUACCCUCCUCAAACAGCCUACACGUCCUCUUCACAACCUUCCCAAAUCACUCGUCCUAUCAACAACCUUCCCGCAUCACCCGUCCUCUACACGACCUCCCCAUGCAUGAAAGUGGUGUUGAUCUACACCGUGGUUCAUGGAAGAUUGCCGUCUCAAACACACACGCUUGCCCACUUUCCCUGCCAUUCCGCCUCUUGCCAAUUGUGUCUCACCCAAGCCACCAGUGCGAGCACGCAUCACCAGCCUUUGCCCGUCACAUGA